AGCACGGUUUUUAUUGUGAUUCGAUGCAAAAGUAAGGUGAAACGUAACGCAGGCUUUUAGAAUGUUACACACUUUGAAUAAUGGAAUUAUUGUUAGAAGAUGUAAUUUUAUUUAUUGAUAUGAUUGAGGAAGAAAAGAACUUGAACCAUAAGCGCACAGGGCCGACGCGAACAUUUGCGGGGUCGGGUUCUACUUAGAAAUGUAGCUCAAUGUCAAGUACUGGAAAAUUAAGGGUACAAUCGGAUGAUCUCGAAAAUUGAAGAAUUUUUAGGAUUAAAGAUUCAAAUAUUUACUUCUUUAUUGAUUAGUGAAUGAAAUAUAUAAAUUUGUAAAUACAAAAAUCUUAAAAGUUUCGAACGCUCUUACAUAGGAAAGCACAUGUAUUCUCUCGAUAUCGAUGAGCUGUAAGCAGUACUGUAUUGCGAAAAUAGAAUAAAAUAUACGAGUACAUAUUAUAGAAACAAAAGCAAAUAUUAUUUUAUUCUCUCUUCAAUAAUAUCGUACAUAAAUUAUUCAAAACAAUAUAAUCUAUUAACUUAUACAAUUUUGUGGGAUAUUGUAAUUAGUUACAAUUAUCUAUAAAUAUAGAAUAAGCAAACAUGUUUUAAACAUUAUAAAUAAAAAAUGUUGUAGUAAAUUUAUAAGGGGCGUUCAGUACAAUCGCGGUAGAAGAUUUCAGUCUUACCAAUCGAAAUACCAGCAAUUUAGCUUACGUGCGGAGAGAUAUAACGGGAUUCAAUACCCGUUCUGUCCAUGUGUUGUCGAGAUAGAAAUAUAUUUUACGAUUUGUAACAUUAAUUGCGCCACAAUACGAUCAAAAAUACGGUAACGUGUCGACAACACAUUGAUAAUAAUCUGAUAAACUGAUAAACUACUUGAUGUCAUUACAGCAUGUGGCAGAUUUAAUCAUAGUAUAUUAAGAGUUAUACAACAUUCGCCACCCGCAAAGGUUCUCUACACUAGAGUAAAAUAAUAUUGACAGUAUUAAUUUUUUUCGUUACUUAAGGCACUAUGUCAGAGAAUAAAGAUUAUACAAAAUUAAAUGAUGUAAGUAGUCAUUUCACAGAAGAAACUUUGAAAGGUAUACUACGUACUGCACAAGAUGGGAAAGAAGUAAAUGUGUUGAGUUGGGAUUUUGGUGAAGCAAAUGCUAAAGGUGACAAUUAUCUAUCAACUGUCUAUAGAAUUAAAAUUAAUGGAACUGUUGAUGGUAAAGAAGUACAACUUAGAAUAGUAGUAAAAUCUUUACCAAACAAUAUAGGUAGAAGAAAGACAUAUAGAAGUACAGAUUUUUUCCGUAAUGAGAUUAUAUUUUAUACACAAGUACUUCCUAAGUUGAAUGACUUUGUGAAAGAUGUUUCUCUAAGUCAGAUAUCUUAUAUGCCACGCCACUUUACUUCUGUUAUGGAUGGUGAAAAUGAUUUCAUAGCAAUGGAAGAUGUUACAGUUUUAGGAUAUAAACCUAUAGAGAGACAGAACUCUUUAAAUGAAGAUCAAUGUAAGAUGAUUUUGAAAACCUUUGCAAAAUUACAUGCAACUUGUUUUGCAUAUAAAGAUCAAAGAAAAGAAGAAUAUACAAAAGUUAUAGAAAACUUGUAUGAAACUUACUUCAGUAUGAAUUAUUGGAAUUGGUACAAAAGAUUCCAUGAAACUUUAAUAAAUAUUGCUAAGAAUGCUUUAGCUAUGGAAUAUCCUGGUAGUGAAGCAGAAAAAGUAUUUAAUUCCUAUAAACUUGGUGAUUUAUUUAAAAAAGCUGCUGAAUUGUGUAAUCAUAAGUAUGAUGCAACAUCCGUAGUAAAUCAAGGUGAUUGCUGGGUUCCAAACUUUAUGACUAUGCAAUCAUAUAAAAAUGAAGCUCUAAUGCUUGAUUUCCAGUUGGCAAGAUCUGGCAGCCCAGUCCUAGAUUUGUCAACUUUUAUUUAUGCCUGCACUGAUAAAUCUGUUUGGGACACACAAUUUGAUAAAAUAUUAAAAUUUUAUUAUGAUGAACUCUGUGAUGGUAUAAAAUUCCUUGGAUCAAAUCCUGAAAACAUAUAUCCAUGGAGUACAUUUAUGAAGGAGGUAAAAGAGUACUUCGUAUUUGGUUUGAUAUUUGCAUUGGAGAUAAUUCCAAUGAGUUUGUUAGAUGAAUCUGAAUCAUUUGAUUUAGAUAUUAUAAAGGACGAUACUGUAGUAGACAUUGCUGAUGUAUGGACACUGUCAAAUAUCAAGUCAAAAAGUGGAAGAGUCAGAUUGGCUAACAUUAUUGUUCAUGCAGUCGAAAAAGGAUUUUUAUAACGUUUUAUAAAUAUAUAUUUGAUAAAAGACAGAGAAAUAUAUUUUAUAGAUAAUAUUUAUUAAAC